CCGAGAGACGCAACACUCCAGCCCUCGACUCUCGCUCGCCACAGGUCCUGCGGUGGUUGCAAACGUUUUCGUUACGUUCCACACCCAUGGCGGCCCGCGUCGGCAUUGUUGUGCUCUGCAGCCUGCUGCUGCUGCUGAUCGUCGGCGCGGCAACGGCGGCCGAAGCUCGCGUCGUGCCGCCAGGCUAUGCUGCCCCGGACAUCGACGUGGCCAGGGCGGCGGGCACCGGCGGUGGCAGACGGGGCGGCAUUCCAAGAGGGAGCAGGUGGAAUGUGCAGAGCGUGCAAGGCGACUCCGCCCGCAAGCGGGAGGUGCCGGGUGGCCCGGACCCCCAGCACCAUGGCUAGACAUAAACAGCAUCACGAUCAGUCCAAUGCGAAUGGUCGAUGCUCUGCCAUGCAUGCAGGCGAGCCUCCAUGUGUGGCUUCCAAUGGCAGGCCAAGCCACAUGCACGAACAUCGAUCACUCGAUCCAUAUAUAUGUUUCCUGCCGCUUCUUUUUUUUUCUUUCUUUCCAGAUACAUCAUGUUGAGUCGGAGAGGUAAGUAUAACCUGCAUCGGUUUCAGCCGGGGCGUUGGAAGGUGUCAUUAUGCUCUUGUGACAUCGUACAAUGCACAUACACAAGAAACCGAGGCUAGAGGUAUACGUACAUGCAUGCAUACUGCUAUAUAUAUAUGGUUGACUUCUCUUUCUCUAUGUAUGAGUUGUAAUAAGCAAGUAAGCGCAGGCUUGUAAUUGCACCAAAGACGGCGCAGCGCCCUUGUAACUUUAUCAUCCGACGAAGGUACUUGUGGAAUGGAGUAGCAUAUUCUCUGUUCUUCUUGCAAUGUUAUUGUACAGUGAUAGUGAAACUAUCGAGAGACAGCUUCAGCAA